AAGAUCCAGUUGUGAUGGCAGUUGCCGAAGAACAAGAAGUGAAUAUGUAUCCGAAAGAAAGGUUGAACGGAGAAAUUCAGAAUGGUCAUCAAGAAACUACAGUGACUGAAGAAUCACAGUUUCUGGAUAUUGAACCUACUAGGAUGAACAAGGGUCCGAAAUUUGGCAAGAGACAUGAACAGGUAUUAUGUAACUUUUUCCUGACUUUCAUCGCAUAUAGUGUCAGAGUUAGUAUGUCUGUCGCUAUUGUUGCUAUGACUAAUCCAUCUACCAGUGCCAAUAGAAAUAUUCCGACCUUCAACUGGACUGACAAAAGUAUAGUUCUCUCUUCAUUUUUCUGGGGAUACGUUAUUCCCCAAGUUGGAGCUGGAUGGUUGGCAGGACAGUAUGGUCCCAAGUGGUUCUUAGUGGGAUCGAUGGCAAUUUGCUCGAUUUCAGGAUGUUUUCUGCCAAUGUCUGCAGUUCAUUUCGGAUCGAAAGGAGUUAUGGCUUGUAGAGCAGUUCAAGGAUUAUGUCAAGGAUUCAUCUAUCCGUCCAUUCAUAGUAUAUUGGCAAAAUGGGUUCCCCACAAUGAAAGAAGCUUUUUGGCAAAUCUUUUAUACUCAGGAGGACCAAGUGGAUCUGUGGUAUCGAUGAUUAUGACUGGGUACUUAUCCGAAUCGUCCUAUGGAUGGCCAAUGAUAUUUUAUAUCUUGAAUGGUUUAGGAAUAGUUUGGUGUGCAGUUUUCUCUUAUGUUGGUUGCAAUAGCCCUGCCGAUCACACCACGAUAACUGAGGAAGAAAGAAAAUAUAUUGAAGGAAGUUCAGGCUCUACAGAAAAAAAAGGAGUGAGUUGAAAUUAUUGUAUUAAAAUUUAAAAAUUUACUGUCACAGUGCGAACUUAAAUUUGAAGGAAUACAUCAUCAGGAUGAAUUUACGGUAAUUUUUUUUCAAUAUCAUCAACUUUGAUAAAUCCUGUCUAGCAAAAUAAACAGAUCAUGCACAGAAGU